AGGCGGGGUCUACAGCUGGUAAUGAAGUCUUCUCUUUUCAUCCUCAGAAGGCAGAGUGUGAGCGGACGGGCCUGGGGUCUGCGAGGCUCCGCUGCUUUCUCUGCCUGUAAAGUUGUGCUGAGCUGUGGUGAGCUGAGUUGUGCUGUACUGAGCUGUGCUGCGCUGCCUGUGUGUGUCUCAGAGCCCGACCCACACAGCUGAGAGAUACAAGGAGACUGACAGAAAGAGAGAGAGAGAGAGAGAGAGAGAGAAAGAGCACUACAGUCAUGAGGCUUUCACUUCUAAAGGCUCCCCAGCAUUACUCCUGAGGUGUGUUUUGUUCUGGUGACAGAUCAGAAGCUCACAAUGAGAGUGAAGAGAUGAGCCUGCAGCGAGCAGCCCUGUCCCUGCAGUUCCUGCCACUGGACAUUUACUGAUUCAUCCUCCCAGACGAAGAAGCCCCUGUCUCCCAGAUAGCACUUCUGAGGACAAGGCCUUCACAGCACGCAUUGUGCAUCAUGGCAGGAGAGACUCAGCAAUUGCAUGCUGUCAAAGAGCUGGACACUGAGUCCAAACUGCAGGAUGUGGGGACGGCGCUGGAACAGCAGAGUGACAAAACCACAAAGGAGUCUACAGAGCACUUUGCAAGCACAGGCACUGAGGCCAGAGCCAGAAGCUGUGAGGCCAAAGUUGAAAAAGUAGAGAAGCAGAGGGACUGUCCUCAGCAACGUGAAGCUGUCAUACGGCCACAGCAGGCAGGAAAGAUUGACUUCAGGUCACUUCAGAACCAAUCAAAGUUUUCCUCUGACAGGACUUGGCCAAGUGGUAAAGGCAGCCCCCAGUCUCCGAGUGGAAAGGGCCGCAACCGAGAGAAAGGAAAGAGGUCCGGAAAAACAGAGCGUGGCAACCCCCAGCAGCUGUACAGACUGAGCAUUACAAAUCCACGCUCCAACCCCAACAUUGGUAUUGCCUACCCACAACAGAAGGUUCUGCCACCCAAGAAAUUGGAGACCAGUCGUGGCCCAGUCUCGGGCAGCUACAGAUUCCACGUUCCCAGUAUACCAGAGAGGGAGGCGGAACUACAACAAGAAGAGCUCAACUAUAGCCGGUGCUUCCAAGAAUCCCCCUCUAACCUUACCUCCCCAAGUUAUACCUCACAGGCACUGGGUUCCUCAAGUGGAAUGUCAUCCCACCCACAUCCACCCCUGUCACAGCAGCAGCAGCCUGUAUCAAUGGAGAACAACGGUGCACAGCCCAGCAGUCAGCUGAUUCUGGCUGACUUUCAGCUGGGUGGCUCUACUACAUGGCAGUCUCCCGAAAGGACUUUUAAUGGUGCUAACUAUGGGGUAUCAUCCCAAAAAUCCACUGCCCUUACAGAAGCUAAUAAGGCAAAUGCCUUUGUGCCUGGUCCGUUCCAAUAUGGAUAUAAUUUUCUGGAAGAAUCAACCUCUGACUCUUUUCCAUGUGAACCGAACCCCCAAUCUCAAGACUAUACUGACUCCUCCCUUGGUUCUGUUCAUGUGGGCCAUAACUCUUUUCCCUUUCCCCCUGGAGAUGGGCAAAGCAUUGCCCAGAACAGCUCUCAGUUCAUUAAUGAACAGCAGCCAGAGGAUAGAAACUCUUAUCCCCAACCCCAACAAUCUCAGUUUAUUCAAGGGGUAGCAUCCUCCAUACAGUGUCCCAGGAAUCUAAGUGAGGAUUCAGCCAGCAGUGACAGCUCUGGCUCGAGCUCACAGCAGUCAGAGCAAGGGAAGACUGCCCUACCUGAGAGCACAGAGGCUAUUGGACAGGCAGACAGCAGGGAUGCAGCCAUUACCUCUGGGAGUAAGAGGAACUGUCACUCUAAAGACACAGCUGCCAGCCAAAGAACACUCAUCCAAGGCAGUGUGCACCAUGCAAGAAAUAUUUCCCAAGGUCCCCCCGCCCAAUUGCACUUUUCUAGCAAAUCAUUUAACAACCCUCAAGUGAGUAACAUUCAUACAGGCUCAAUUCCCUUUGACAAAAACAUCAAUAAUAAGGUUCUGAAUAGGUUACAGCACUCCUGGGAAGGGCCUAAUAAGACGUAUUCAACAGCUGAUCAAAUCACACUGCAGUAUAAUGAUAUGAAUGACAAGUUUCAGUUUCAGAACCAACAACUUGACCAAAGGCAAAACCCCUCAAAAAACAACAGAAUGCCCUGGCAGCAGAUACGGCCGAAUGCUGCCAUGGCAAACCAAAACAGAAUUGAAUCGAGACAAAUAAGCAGCCAAAAAUUGUCUUACAUGGUUUCCCCUUCAGACUGGCAGGAUGAUAGUAAAUCACACAAACAUAGCUCCCUGAAAAGCACAAGCCCAUUCCUCAACAGCAGAACUGGUGACAGGUUUUCUAACAAAAGACAGGAGACUGUAAAACACAGCAGCAACACUGUCUCAACAUUCAAUGUAGAGAUGAGCCACGCACAGGUAUGCGAGUCCAAAAAGGCGGUGUACUUUGGACUAAACCAAUCUCAUCCAGCAGCACCCUCAAGAAACUACAAUUAUCCUCCAUUACAGGUCCCACCCAUGGGACUUAUGAUGGUGUCACCAUAUGAAUCCCCUUUGCCCUCACCAGUUCACAACCCUGCAUCAAGUAGUACCUGCUCUUCCCUCUCCCCAGCAUCCACCAGUCCUGUUAACAUCAGUUCAGAGGACAGUCAAAUGUCAAAGUCAGGGACCCCUCACUCGUUUUAUCAUCAGUCCCAAACGAAGACACAGUUAUCCUCAGAUCACAUGAGCUCUAACCCUCACCAAUUUCAUUCGGAUCCUCCACGAAACCUCCCUUAUGCACCGGACAGAUCCAAAGACAACAUGAUGAGCUACCUGCAAAACAGCACACAUCCAAAGACUCCUAUGGAUGGAAACAAAGGUUACAUGGACAGUUUUGGAGUAGAGCAUCACCAGCCUCCACCACCAUACUCUGCACAUCAGCUGUUAGCGACCUCAUUAGCAACAGCAAAUCUUGACCAGUUAGAUGUGCUUCUAACUUGCAAGCAGUGUGAUCAGAACUUCAACAACCUGGCUUCGUUUCUAGGCCAUAAGCAAUACUGCGCUCACCAUGCAUUUGCACAAAAUGACCUGAAAGACAUGUCAAAGAUGGAGGACAGCAGGAAGUUUCAUGUGGAAUCAACAAAAGCAGUGUCACCUGUGUCAAAUGUUGCAAUCCCAAGGUGCCCAUCUGACCUCCAUCUGUCUUUAUUGGGCCUCAAUAAAAACGGUGAACUGAUAUCUGAGAGUGAAACAAAAGGAGAUAGUAAGGACGAUCCGAUGAAGCUCAAUCUGUUUCCUGGUCCUGGUAACCUGCCAGUCCCCCUCCCUGAGCUGGAAAUGGAGGAUGCCAAAUUGGACAGCCUAAUCACAGAAGCCUUGAACGGACUGGGAUACCAGUCAGACAAUGCAGAGAUUGAUAGCAGCUUUAUCGAUGCAUUUGCUGAUGAUGACCUCACCACUGUGAAAGCAACAUCAAACAAACAGUGCCUGAAAACCAAGGAAUCCCUGGUCUAUGAGAGCAAAAAUAAACAAACAGCAAAUGAUGCCAGGUCGUUCACACAGGGAAAGUAUUUCUCUGACUCUGAUGCUGAGAGCCUUGAGACGGAUAAACACUACACAGAAAGCAAACUUGAGAAAAUAACUCUGAAUUUAGAAAAAGACGAGAAAAUCAACAUCAAAAAGGAAGUCUCUCAUAAAAAUUCAAGAACUGCCUCAAGGGAGAAGACGAGGGAACAAGACAGCAAAGUGAAAGAGGCAAGAAAACUGUGCAAGGGUGAGGAAGAGAGCACAAGUACACAGAGGUUUCUCUUAUCCAGCAAGUUUUCUGAGCGUUGUGGUGUUAAAAGCAUUCAGGAAAGCUCUGCACUUCGAGGGUCAACACCCUCACAGCCCUCCACAUCUCCAUCCUCAAGAACUGCAGUGAAAGAGAGCAAGAGGAAAAGCACUGGAGGGGGGACCUGGAGCAAAGAGCUUAUUCACAAAAUAGUUCAGCAGAAAAAUAAGCUGCACAAACUUCAUGUUAAAGGUACCAAAAACCUCCAGUUUUCCUUAGUGAUGGAGAGGCUGACUCCCACUGUGCAGAACCCUGCAUUUGGAGAAUAUGACUAUGUCUCUGACACAGAUGAUGAAUGUGAGCCCGUAAAGAUAGCAAGCCAAGGGCGACUGAAUCAAAGCAGUCGAUGUAAAUACACAUACACCAAAGAGUGCAAAUGGCGAGCACGGAGUGAAAGGGACCAGGCAGCAUGGAGACAUGAGUCCAAAGAGUGUUUUGAAGUGAAAAAGAGUGAGGAGGUUUCUCUCUCGCCUGAGAAACACAGUUCUCACCCGAGACUCAGGAGGAGGGGCAGCAGGUCAUCCACAAGCAGUGAACUCAGCACAUCUGUGAGUGUUUCAAGUGAUUGUAUCAACAGCCCCAAAAGCACUGACCGCACUGACUCUGACUGUGAGAAGAAGACAGAUAUCAAAAAGAAAGAGUCUCCAGAGCAAAAAACCAUUGAAAGGUCCUCCCCACAGAAGUUAUCCAAAGAGUCCAGCACACUUGCACUGACAUUCACUAAAUUUGUCAAGAAGUAUCAUACUGACAAAGCAGGUCUUUGUGAUAGCAAAGACAGCACAGAUGAUACAAGGAGGUAUCCUUUAACUCCAGAAGGUGCUGAUCAAGUAGCAACCUCACAAAAAGGAAAAGAGAGUUUCAAAAACCUUGAAAAAAGCAGCAAAACAAAAUCCAGUGAGAAGCUGGAGUUGAACAGAAAAGAAACGGGCACAAGAGUCAGUUCAGACAGAGACACCACUCAGAAAACACACAGUCUGAGCCCCAAAGAGGAAGCUACUGAGUGUCGCAGCUCAGAUCAAAAGUCACUACAGUUGGAUUCAAACACUCCAAUGAUCAACAAAGAAAGUGAAUUCAACACUGACAGAAACACAAAGGGCAAAAGAGGAGAGGCAACCCACGCCAUACAGUCAGAGCUAUCUAGUAGCAUGUUUGGAAAACAUAGUGACAGUGUAUGUGACGUGAAAGAGGUAAUAACCUCAGUCAACAAGCGAGACACGCACAAGCCUACAACUCUUUGCACGUCUUUGAUGGAUGAGGUUUGUCUAUCUCCAACUGAAGGCCAAGGCCAGUUGAUACAAAAAGACACACUCCACCUAAUGCCCUACCCCCUGGAUCAGGAACAGGGGCUGAUGAAGUCCCCCCUUUCUUUUGACACAUCAUCAAUGUUUGGGGACCUCGCAGGAUUUGACAGUGGCCUUUAUUCAGAUAUGCCCAUUCAGAAAGAGGGUUUUCAUUCAAUGGAGAGUGCAGAUAAAAAGGAAGAGUUUGUUUCAUCCUUCUCUCCUUUUCUGGAACAAAGAGAUUGGAACCUUAUAGUGAGCCCUGUGCUACCAGAUGAGAUAUCUCAGUACAAAAGCAACUCUGAGAAAUCAAAUGAAAAGAAACCGGAUUACAAUGAUGUUCCUUUGUCUCUUCCAGAAAAAAUAAUUGACUAUGGUGCAAAUCUCAACAGCUGUGCCUCUGAGGAUGAGCUUGAGAUAAAAAGAAUAGUGAAUGAGCUUGAAAACCAGCUGCAGACAACCAAGCUGGAAAGCCCACAACUGCUAGCACAGGAUGUCCCCAAGCAGCUGCAGAUGAGCAAAUUUUCACCUUUACGUCUUGACGAUGAGUCAGGGAGUAAUAGCAGUGCUCUGGAGAUGAGGUGCCCUGUGCAGACUAUAGAUGUGCCAGUGACCAGUUUGCCCUCAGAGCCUUUUACUGAACCAUGGGCCAGCCCAUUCCAGUUUGAGCUAAUAGGCGGACACAACAGUCCCCACAAUUCAAUUCACAAUGAACCAGGGGCACUUGAACAUUUCACUGAAAAAGGACAUGAUGCAUCAAAUAUGAUCACUACAGCUUCACAAAUUGUUCAACGACAGCUCCAGUGUGACCAGAAAUCAGAGGAGCAAAAGGCUGAAAAAAAGACUCAUGGAGAAACAAAGGAAGAAAUCUUAGAACAGAAGAGAUAUACAGAAAACCUCAUGAAAAGCCUGGAGGUGAUUUCAGACUCUAUAUUCAAAAAAGAACCCAUUAUAUCAGAACACAGGGAGCUGAAUGUCACCUCUCUCACAAGUCAACAACAUCAAGAAAUUGAAUGUCAGGAAACUGAUGCAGUUGAGAGAGAAGAGGGCAGCGAAAAGGAAGCAAUUACUGGGAAGGAGAAUACAUUAUCACCUCCAAAUAUCAAUGAGCGGAAGGAUGAUAUUAAAUUCAUUCUGAAUGAGUCACAGUCAUCUCUCUCCAACAGCACUGACCCCACUGUUGAUGGAAACCAGCCAAUUUCAUUGCAGCCAGGGGAGCACUCAGAAAACAAUAAAAGCGAAGAAGAGACUAAAGUCACAUCAGGGGGGGAUAUCGUUGAAACUAGUAAUAUAAUUGAGUCUGCUCACUGCUUAAGUGUAGUGACGCUUGGCCCACAUGUGGCCGAGGGAUCUGGUGGGAACACUAAUGCAUCUGACAACGCAAAACACUUAUUCAAAAACAGAAGUGACAGUCCAGAACAGUCAACCGCAGAUGCCUAUGAGGUAGCAGAGGCAGUGAAAGGAAUCACUGGUCAAACUCUGAGUCAUCCUUUAUCACCAGCUCUUCCUGGCAUCAGCUUAGAUAGUGGCGAGGACAUGCAAAAUGAGAUCAAACCGUCACUUGAAGAACAACCCACUAAUGAUGCAGAGGGCGACUCAACAAAUGCUGGUGAAUUGAAAGUUGAGUGUUCAGACAGCGUAAUCAGGGAAAUUACUGUUAAAACAGCAGAAAAAGAACAUUUGAUGGAACUAUCUCCUUCCAAAAGCUGCAGCCCUGCUGAGACCUACAGCUCAAGUCCAACAACUCACAUGUCAGUGGAGAUAGUCGAUUCUGACAAGCCUUGCAGUCCAAUAUUGGUGGAAACCAACCCAGAGACCACCAGUCACUGCUUACCUUUCCAAGAUGCACAAUCUACAGAGGGACACAGUAAUCAGCCAUCUCUUUCACAGACUGAUGACAUUAUUGACAACGAUUCAUGCAAAUUUACUCCACUGAAGGAUUCACUCAAAACUGCUCUUCCCUUUGAGACCAUCCAGAAACAAGAAGAGCUGUUGAAUGUUCAGGACAUCAAAGAGCAUCUCCCCAUUGAUUUCAUGGCAAGUCACCAAAACUCACCAUGCAGAGACGAGGUGGAGGACAGCAACUGUCUUUUUGUGCAUACGUCACCAUCAGCCAGUCCUCUUUUAUCAACCUCCCAUCCAAAACCCAUGCAGAACUGGUUCAUAGAGGAGGAUUUGUGUCCAAAACAAAGCAAUUUCAAUAACAUGUCCAUCAACCAAGAAGACUCAGAUAAAAAUCUGAACUCCCCAAUCCACAAAAAAGGUGUUGAAGAUUGUCUAAACAGUGAUAAACAACUUAACUCAACAACAGAGUUGGAGUAUUCUUUGAUAAGCCCACCUGCCCUGGAUAUGGGAAUCAUAGAGAGUAAAAUCCCAAGCUCUGAAACUCCCAUUCUCUCCCCACUGCCUGCAACUAGAUCAGCAGAAUCACCAAGUGUAUCAGAUGAACUUGAAAAAAGCAACCUGAUUUAUGAUUUCAAGCUCAGUCCUCUCAACUACAGCAGCAUCACAGAAGAACCUCUACCGUUGAAUCAAUACAACUACAUACCAAUUUCUCCAGCCAGUAAACUUGAAGAGAACCCAAACAUCAAGCUGAGUCCCAGAGGUGACUGUGAACCAUGUGACCUGAGUGUUGACCCUGCACUGAUUUUGAACAAAAGCAAAGCAGACACAGAUACAGCUGUAUCACUGGACUCAGAUCCUGCAGCUAAACUGACUUUAUUAGAUGAACCACUGGUCCUCCAGCAGAGUCUGAAAUACACACGUUUCUCAUUGGGCCUCACACCUGAAAUUAAAAUCAAAGACUCCUCAGCUGGUUCUCCAGUUGCACCUCCAGGGCAUUUGCAUACUGAUGCUGACAUGCUGAAAAAGAUGGAGGCAGAGACUUUGGAUUCUGUAAUUGCUUCUACUGAGGACAGUUCACUUAUCAGGACAGAUAUUUCAGAUGGUCCGCCCACUCCUCGGCCACUCCUCAGCUGUGAAAAUGAACAAAUGCUUCCUGCACCAGACCCACCAAUAAUAGAGACUGGCCAGUGUUCAACAACUCACCAAGUAACCAAAGAAACAACACACAAGAAGACACAGAAUAUCUCUCAACAGGGAAAAGUGUUGUGUGAAAUCUGCCUCAUGUGUUUCAGGACUGUGCCAGGGUUAAAGAGACAUAAGGCAAUGAAACAUUUGGUCAGAACUGAAAAACACAUUGGCCCACUGAGCACUACAUCAAGCCGCCAAGGGACUAUGCUUAUUUGUGAAGCAUCACAAACCACAGAGAAAGGACAUAAAGAUGAUUCACAGACCUGCUUCCCAACAAAAAUAGAUGGGCUGCCUGAGACAACAAGCACUUCCAUAUCUAAAGCAGCAGAGACUGAGUCAGUCCUGGAGGAAACGACAUCUGAGACAAGUGCAGUGGCAAUGGAUGAAACGGGCCAUCAAAACCCUCAGCUGCCGACCAAAGCUAAAAAGAACAACAAGGCUAGGAGGAACAAAAAUAGCGAAGCAAACAUAAAGCUGACCCCUUUCUCUGAUGAGCUUUUGAAUAUAUUAAAAACAGACAUACUUCAAGCUAUAACUCCAGAAUUCAAAAGCAGUGUACUACAAGCGCCACACAAAUCUCCUGAAGAACAGGUGGAAAUCAAUGACAGGGCUGCGACUGGAACAGAGACAUUUCCUCACCAUGUUGCUUUAAACUGUAGCUUGGACAAAAAGCCUCAAUCUCCAACAGAAGAACUAAAUGUACGUAAUGAAACUGUGACGCUGAAUCAAGUCACUGAUACACAUGAACAAAAAUCUGCAAGCAUAACAGAGAUGGCAAAUGGGGACGUGAGCACAGAUAAAGCAGUGGAAAGUGCUCUAUCUGUAGACAAGGAUGUAAUCAGAGAAUGUGAUGAGUCCAGAACAACUCCACACACUGUGGAAGACAUGUGUGAACAGACAAGAUCAGAAGAGAGCCUAGCCCAAGAGAUUCUUAGCAAAGUGACAGUCGAGAUAAAAUGUGAGAAUAACAGUGGCCCUUCAGACGAGGCACAUCCUCUCUCCUGUUUGAAUUCCUCUCCUCUCAGUCCUCCAAGCUUGAGCCCUGAUCUGAAGGCCCUGCUUGACGAUGACACCACUUUCUCACAGCUGUUCCCAAGGGAUGAGGAGGCAAAAAGGAAGAAGUGCCCGAGGGUGUACAGCAAAAAAAGUAAAAAGCAGAAGCUAUCGCCUGAUUCAAAUGUGACUCAGAGCUAUCCUCUUUCAGAAACUUUCAUGCAAGAUAAAGAUCAAAUCAUGGGAAACCAAACCAAGUCAUUAUUCACUGACAAUCAGACUAAGAGCUGCGAAUAUGAGGAAACACCCACUGAUGGUGACAACAUGUUGAAUAUGUGUCAUAACAACACAGUGGAUACUGAUGACAAGCCAUUAUCUGAUGUUCAAGAAAGUGAUAAGCAGAAUGAGAACACUAAAGAGUUCGGGGACAGUUUCUUGAAUCCUCUUGAGAGCACCAUUGAUAAAUCAUCCAUUGAGUGGAGUGGCUCCAAUGACUUCAGCAGCUUUGAUGCAGGUUCAGCAGUGGCUUCCAUUUCUAGCACCUGUAAUCCAGAAGUGCCAGCUGCAGCCUGCCCCCCCUCCCUGCCCUCUACCCCCUACACUACAGAGCCAUGCAUCACGGAGAACGUCCAAACUUUCAACAGCAUCGACAUCCAGAACAUCAACACAACAUUUCAGCUUCCUGAAAUCCAGUUCUUUGACCCCAAUAAAGACAUAGCAGUGGCUCCACCUAGUGCAAGUGUUGAGAUGGAAAACAGAGAUGAAGAGAAAUCCAACAGAGAAACUGAGCGGCGAGGCAAGAAACGGCAAGAUGGAAGAAUAAAAGUGAAAGAUAAGCAGUAUAAGUGCAAGGUGUGCUUCACUUGGUUCCUCACUCUUGGCGAGCUCAACUUCCACAAACUCUCUCACAACCCCUCUCCACCUCCAACCUGCUACAUGUGUGUCCAGCGGAAGUUCAGCUCCAGGGAACAACUGAGAGACCAUCUGAGGGAGAAACAUGCCAAGAACAAGACAGGGAUCUGGACCUGCGGAAUGUGCUUGAAGGAGAUAUCAGAUGUGUGGAUGUACAAUGAACAUUUACGUGAGCAUGCCACUCAGUUUGCCCGCAGGGGUCAGACUCAAGGCUCCAUGUUAGGCAUUUCAGGCUGCUUCAUGCAGGAGACAGCUGUGAAGAAUUUCAUCACCUCAAUCAUGCAGCACCGACCCAGCAAAGCCAACAGAGAGUCCAGCAAAGCCACUAAAGAACAGGAAAAAGCUGACGGCACUGUGGGAGAGGGAAAAGCCUCUGAGGGGACUGAGCCAAAAGUUCACAAAACUAAAAGUAGCAGUGGAACAGGUGGGAAGCAAAGCACAUUAACCCCACUCGAGGUCCUUCACAAAACAGAGGCACCUAAAAGUGUUGAAAUGCAUCCCAACUGCAAAGACCCCUCAAGAGACUGCCACCACUGUGGGAAGCAAUUCCCCAAACCAUUUAAACUCCAGAGACAUUUAGUGGUUCACAAUUUGGAAAAGAUUUUCCUGUGUCACAAAUGCCCUAUCUUUUAUCAGGAGGCCCAGGAGCUGAAAAAUCACCUAAAGAGAGCACACGAGGAGAUGGAUGAGCUCGAUUCAAAGCACACCACCCUCUACACCUGUGAGCUCUGUGCUGAUGUCAUGCAUGUGAUCAAAAAAUCCUUCAUCUGCAGCACCUGUAACUAUACCUUCUCUAAGAAGGAACAGUUUGAUCGCCACAUGGAAAAGCACCUGUCAGGUGGGAACAAAAUAUUCAAAUUCCGAGGUGUUCUCAGGCCUGUCAAAGCAUCUGCGUCCAAAGAAGAUGAAUGUGAUUCGCCAGCCAGCAAGAAGAGGAGAAUUAACUCAGACAGUCUGCAGGAAAAUAGCUCAGACAGCGGCAUCGCCAGCGUCAGCUCACUUCACUCGAGUCAAAACUCUGAAUCGCAGUCUUCAAAACCCUCUGUGUCCACAGCUGAUGACUCCACACAGACCAUCCCCAGUGAGUACCACAGUGACACAAACAGUCCAAACGUGAAGACCGAGGACAUCGCUGAGGACUACUCUGAGCUGCUAGUAGAGCUGGAGAAAUGUAUUCACCAUGGCUCUUCAGAGUCUACUUCACCAAAGAAAGAGGAAAUUGACCCAAGCACCUCACCUAUUCAUGAUAAAGAGGGUAAUGGAAAAUCAAUUGCUGAACCAUGUGAUGUGAAAGAGGAGGAUGAGUCAGUCUGCAUUAGAGCAGAGACAGCUUCAUGGCCAGUGUCAAAAGAGACUUGUUGUGCAGAGGAGGAGAUGGUUGAAGAAAAGGAAGGCUCUAAUGAAGGUGACGCAGCUGAGACAGAAAAAACAGGUUCACCAAAGAGUGAAGACAGUUGUGUCAGCUUACAAGACAAUCAAAUCAUUUCAGCAUCACCUGACGUAGCAAAGAGUGAAAUAGCUGCUGUUGUGAUGGACCCGCAGAGGAAUGAUGAGCAUCACACCUCAAAAGCUUCAAAUAAUGACAGCAAACAGCUGACUGUAUCUCAAGGUGCUGAGCAGGAAUGUAGCAGUCACAUCAAAGACAAAGUCGCCCCAGCCAAAACAAACGACAACACUAAAACCUGCACUACAGCAAGUAGCCCAAAGGCUACAGAAUCAACACCCAUCCUCCACUCCAAGGGUUCCCCUAAUGCUUCAAAUGAGGACAAAGAAUCUGUGAGAACACAGAAGAAGAGAAAAGACUUAAAAUCCCCUCACAGUCUUCAGAGGGUUUCCUCUCCAGCAACACAAGAGAACUUUGGUGUUGAUUCUAGGGCCAAGAAGAAAUUUCGCCCCAGCAAGUGUGCAAAUACUUCCCUGCAGAGAAAGUCGGAUGGACCCAAUGACUACCCUGUGCUUUCCUCAGUACGGGAUGACGUUGUUAGUAACAAAAUCAUCUCCAAGUGCAAGACUUCAAACCUGGGCCUGCAGUCUAAAAGAAGCUUGCUUGAUGGCUGUAAGAAAGCUGACAUUGUGACUCCUCUGAACGGGGACUACAAAGCCAAGAAGGGACCUCAGGGGCGGCCUUUGCAUUCCCCUAUUUCUAAAGUGACUUCAGUUCCAAUGAACAAUUCUUUAAAUAAAUCUAGGCCAAAAAUGGGGGUAAGGUCAAUGGACAGCCACUCCUACCGGACAGCAGAGUCCCAGAACCACCUCCUAAGCCAGCUGUUUGGCCAAAAACUCACAAGCUUUAAGAUUCCUUUAAGGAAGGACACAUCAGAAUCUAUAAACUGAGCUGGGGCGAGGUGGAUCUGUGAAUAAGGGACUGUAUAUUUCACAGUAAUAAAUGUUUUAAAUGAUUCAUUAUGGUGAAUGAGAUUGCACAGCUCUUUUCUGUGAAAUGCUAUCUUUUAAUACUUACGUAGUCACUUUAUGUCUUCUUUGUACGUGUGUUUUUAUUACACAAAUGUGAGGACGAAUGGCAGAUAUGAAUUUAUGGGUCAAAAAUGAAUAUGCUAGUGGGGAAAAUCAUUUGACUUUUACUUUAUCUUUUUCUUUUGUUGGAUAUUAUCCAUUUCAGAGAUUAUAUUUCAUUUACCUUAAGGAAAGAAAAAAGAAUACUUGAAAUGACAGUUCGAUACUCUCUUUUAAGAAAUGCAUGUUUAUUUUGCAUUCAUAACAUGAUCUUACUAGUUUCAGUCUUUCUGCUAAGGGACCAAAUGACAUCAUAACUGACCUGGACUUUUGUCUGUGCACCUUCCGUACAUGCUUCCUACAUAUUCAUUUUGUAUUAUUUUUUAACUUUACUGUACUGCAUUGACAUCAUAUUAGCCUCUUGUAUAAACAUUACUUGGUGCUACAUUGUGUUUUUAUUGUAAUGUGAAUGCCAAUGUCCUCGGAAGGGAACAUGAGAUCUGUAGCAAUUACAGUACAUUCAUCCGACUGUUUUUACUGGUUCUCUGUAGUUUGUCAAAGAUACUGUGUAAACCAUCCAAGUAUUUCAUAUGUAGGCCGACAGAAGAUUAGGAAAGCUUCCAUUGUAUAAACUCAGGUGCAUACAAGGACAUCACAGUCCCAAGACCUGUAUUCGGAGUUCUUCCCAUGCACUGAUAAUACCACACACAAAUCACAAACUCAAUCAUCUGUGUCUGUAACUCCAACUGUUUAAUUAUGAUGAGUAUUUACUAGGACAACAAAGGUGCUUUAUCUUGUUUAUACUGUAUGUAUCUUAUAUUGUAUAAAAGUGUAGGUAGAUUAUUGGAUUAUUUGGUGUAAUGCUUCAUGUCAAAGUUUUAUUUUAAUAAUGUGCAAAGAGAGUCAGAAUGAGAAGAAAUAGAAAUGCAUUGCCUCGUGCAAGUUGUAAAGUGGUUCACUAAGUGCCUCGUUUAGAGAUGGUUAAUAAAGAUCUGAAUCGGUA